AUGAGACCCGUGAAAAACUGGACUACACCCACCUUACUGACGCUGGACAUGUGGUUGUAUGGCAUUUUAGAAGUGGACGAGAAGUCUCAAACUCUCACGAGCCACAUCUGGAUCCAGUCGGUCUGGCCUAACGAAUUCCUAACUUGGAAUUCGUCUGAUUUCUGUGGGAUCGACAUGGUGACUGUUUCCAGGUCGAUGCUCUGGACCCCUGACAUCGUCAUCCAAGAGGACGCCUCUGAUUCUGGGAGUAUUCACAAAGAUGAUCAUCUCACUGUGACGUCCAGCGGUACGGUGCACUCAAAUAUACGUCAGCGGCUCACCUCCACCUGCCGGCUCAAUCUUUUCCACUUCCCUUUCGAUAACCAACAUUGUAAUAUCUCAUUUACAUCCACAAGCUAUAUGGAGGACAUUUUAAAACUGGAAACCUACAACAAUGACACAUUCCUCGCAGCAACCUCUGAGCUGAUCAUGAUCACACGGGGAGAAUGGCAACUCGAAAACAUCGAAGUUGUCACUGACCGAUGGAUCAGCGGUCGGGGCAAAUACUGCAAACUCAUAUACAUGGUCAAAAUCUCCAGGAAACCUUUGCUUUACGUGAUCAUCCUAAUCAUACCCCUGUUCUAUUUACUGGUCCUGGAUUUGGCUUCCUUCUUCAUCCACGAGGCCCGAGGUGAAAAGCUGAGUUUCAAAGUGACCGUGCUGCUGUCCAUCUCCGUCUUACUGCUCAUCCUGCAGGACAUGUUGCCCUCCACAGAAGACUCGCUGCCAAUGAUCGCCACGUUCUGUGUGUCGAUCUUCACUAUGGUGGGGGUCAGCGUCAUGGAGGCCAUGGUGGUGAUCUUCCUCAUCGACUGGGAUGACUUCAUUGGUAAGAAGGUUCAAAGCUCUGAUGAUGCUCAUGUGGAAACUCAGAUGGACGUCAUCCAAAAUGAGCCAGUCGGAGCUGAAGAGAAAGGCGAGGUGAAAGCGGACAAGAGUUACCUUCCUUUGGAUCGGCCCAAAGACGACAAAGGCGACCUGCUGAAACUCAUCCUGGAGGAAGUGAGGGAAGCUCGACAGGAAGUGGGAAAACAAGACAAAGUGAAGAAGAAGCCUGCCUAUUACAGGAAGCUGGCUGAAAUCAUAGACAGUGUCUUCUUUGGCAUCUAUCUUUUAACUUUUAUUGCUUUUGUGGCGUGCAUGUAUUUGACAUGGUUUCAUAAACUCAAGCUUUGA